AUGUCGAGCAGCGGCAGCAUGCGCAGCCCCGGGCAGGGCGGCGCCAUCAGCAAGCGCUUCAACAAGGCGCGGAGACGUGGCAACAGCCAAGGGGAGGCUCUCUCCAGCGGCAGCGGCAGCGCCUUCGGGGGGAUGAGUCCCGUGGGCAGCUUCGGUAAUAGUGGACGUAACACCAUCAGCUUCGGCAAACCGGCGCUGUCCUCGUCGCCUGCGACGACUCCUGGCCAGCACAUGAACUCAAUUAAGGACGAUUCGUCUGGCUUCGUGUCCAGCAAGACGGGGUUCCUCACUAAGCGCGCCAUGUCGAGUAUGGACGCGUUCGCUAACUGGAAGGAGCGCUUCUUCGUGUUGGCUGAGGGCCAUCUGUCCUACUAUAAGCAGGGCGGAGGCUUCUUCAACACUGGCAAGGAAGACAUCGUCCAUCUUAAGGGCGAACUAGAGCUCACGCCCGAUACGAUCGUACGGAAGAGCAAUAUCGACGACAAAGCCAAUUGCUUCGAGGUGGUGACCCCCACUAAGAAAAUGUUCUGUCAGGCCAGCACGGCCAGAGAGAUGGAGGACUGGGUCAAGUCUGCAGUUUCCACGACGCAGCGCCUGUGA